AUGCAGGCUCCGGUGUUGGUUAUGAACACCAAUAGUGGUGAGAGGCAGGUUGGAAGACAAGCUCAGAUGUCCAACAUUGCUGCCGCCAAGACUGUCGCCGACAUCAUUCGAUCAUGUCUUGGACCCAAGGCCAUGCUGAAGAUGCUGCUUGACCCCAUGGGAGGUAUCGUGCUUACGAAUGACGGCCAUGCUAUUCUACGAGAGAUCGAGGUGUCACAUCCCGCCGCCAAGAGCAUGAUCGAGCUCAGCCGGACACAGGAUGAGGAGGUUGGCGAUGGCACAACCACUGUCAUCAUCUUGGCCGGUGAAAUCCUGGCCCACGCUCUCCCCCAGCUCGAACGCAACAUCCACCCCGUAGUGAUCAUCUCUGCCUUCAAGCGUGCGCUGAAGGACGCUCUUGAGAUCAUCGACGAAAUCUCCAAGCCUAUCGAUAUCAACGACGACGAGGCCAUGGGCCAGCUUAUCUCAUCCUCCAUUGGCACCAAGUUUGUCUCCAGGUGGAUGGACCAGAUGUGCUCUCUGGCACUCACGGCUGUCCGCACAGUCACUUGGGAGGCCGGCAACGGAAAGACCGAGGUCGAUAUCAAGCGAUACGCCCGAAUCGAGAAGGUCCCCGGAGGUCAGAUCGAGGACAGCCAGGUGUUGGACGGAGUUAUGGUGAACAAGGAUAUCACACACCCCAAGAUGCGAAGGCGCAUAGAGAAUCCCAGAAUCGUCCUUUUGGACUGUCCGCUCGAGUACAAGAAGGGAGAGUCACAGACCAACAUCGAGAUCACAAAGGAGGAGGACUGGAACCGUAUCCUACAAAUCGAGGAGGAGCAGGUCAAGGCCAUGUGCGAGGCCAUUAUCGCUGUCAAGCCCGAUCUCGUCAUCACCGAGAAGGGUGUCUCAGAUCUCGCACAGCACUUCUUUGUUAAAGCUAACAUCACAGCUCUUCGCCGAGUCCGAAAGACCGACAACAACAGAAUAGCCCGCGCUACAGGCGCCACUAUUGUCAACCGAGUCGAUGAUCUCCAGGAGGCUGACGUGGGCACCCGAUGUGGUCUGUUCGAGAUUGAGAAGAUUGGCGACGAGUACUUUACUUUCCUUACAAAGUGCCAGGACCCCAAGGCCUGCACAGUCCUCCUCCGCGGUCCCUCGAAGGAUGUGCUCAACGAGAUUGAGCGCAAUUUGCACGAUGCCAUGGGCGUUGCCCGCAACGUCAUGUUCCACCCUCGCCUGUCGCCUGGUGGUGGUGCAACUGAGAUGGCCGUGUCCGUGCGCCUGAACGAGCUGGCUAGGAGCAUCGAGGGAGUUCAACAGUGGCCAUACAAGGCUGUCGCAGACGCCCUCGAGGUUAUUCCCCGGACGCUGGUUCAGAACGCUGGCAAGAGCCCCGUGCGUGUCCUGACAGACCUACGUGCCAAGCAGGCCGAGGGCAACAGCUCGUGGGGUGUGAAUGGUGACACUGGUACCAUUGUGGACAUGAAGGAGUACAACGUCUGGGAGCCCGAAGCUAUCAAGCUUCAGAGUAUCAAGACCGCUAUCGAGGCUGCAUGCUUGCUGCUUCGUGUAGAUGACAUUUGCAGCGCCCGAAAAGGCCAUCAAGGCAGAGCUCCCGGGGCUGGUGGGGAAGAAUAA